AUACUUUAGAAAUCUAUCUAAGUGCAUUAAAAAAAAAUCCCAAGAUGACUUUUGGGUUGAUUUUCAGAUAAUGAACGGGCAGAUAGUUUCUAUUUUUUUAUUUUUUGGUUUUGGUUUUUUGCCAAAGCAGUAGCAGAUAAAUGUGUAGACAUUUGAUGCAUGUACAAAAACAUUUGUAGUUUCUUAGAAUGAAUGAGAAACUGUUACUAUAAUGUGCGCAAGUAAUUAAAUUAGGUAGAAGUUGAAAUAACAAUUAUGAGAAUUACACUUUUUAUCAGAAAAAUCCACCAAAGCCUUGACAUAAACGGUCAAUGUGGCGCUUUUAACCUGAAAGGGUUUUCCCGGAAGCUGCUUUUCACUUUCCGGUAAUUGGGGGAAGAUGGCGACAUCCAUAACGAGGACAUUUGGGUCUCUUCGUAUCGUUGCACACAGAAGCUUAAAGAAUGCUGAGUUGGCUCUAGAUGUACGGCAUCCUGGUCCACUUUUCUUACCGGUUAGGACCAAGAAGCGGUACUUUAUUCCUCCAGCGGUGAGCUUAAAGGGGAAGAAGGAAGAAAACCUAGAGGCUAAGGCUCGAGCAGCUGGCAUCGUCUUCCGACAGCAGUACUUAGAGAGAUCCAUUAACAUCUCUUGCUCAGCGGGAGUGUUUGACCCGUACAUCCCUCCAGAAGGAGACGCGCGUCUUUCCACGCUGUCUAAGGAAGGCCUGAAACAGCGAACAGAACAGAUACGACAGAGCGCCGCAUCACAACUCGCGAUUCGUAAAAUCAAAGAGUACGAUUCACAGUUCAGCACAAAGACGUUUGCAGAGCAAGCUCAAGAGAUCUUCGUAGAGGCUCACAACUCCCUGACACACUUCAAUAAAGAGAAGCUUCAUUCUCUGGUUACAGAAAGAUGUUAUCCUGAGAUGACGAGAGGCAACCGUUACAAGACGAUCCGGUGGAGGUUUGUCGAGUCACUGGAACCGCCCAGAGUGGUGCAUGUCCGCUGCCCCGACAUGGUCACUAAAGGAAACCUGUAUGGGCAGGUUACAGUUCGUAUGCACUCCAAGCAGACGUUAGCCAUCUACGAUCGCUUCGGCCGGCUGAUGCUGGGCAGCGAGGAGCAGCCAAAGGACGUCCUGGAGUACCUGGUCAUUGAACGGCAUCUGGUCAACCCCUACAGUAGAUGGAGGCUACAUGGGAAAAUUGUGCCCUCAUGGGCUCCUCCCAAAGACCCAAUUAUUAAGACGGUUGCCAUCCCUGGUCCAGACCUGAAGCCAGGGGAAGAAUUUGAUGCCCUCAACUAUGAAGUUCCCAAACCAGAAGCAGUACAGUGGAAUAAGUAGGUCAGCAGGGGGCGCCGGUCUUUAUAUUACGCUGAGGAUAUUAAGGAAUUACUCAUGACAUUGAAUUUUUUGGAUGGAGUUACUCUUACUUGAGGAGGAAACCAGGCUUUGUUCUUUUUCUGCUUCCUUCUGUUAAGAAAAAAUCUUUUAGAUUUUUGAAGGAUGUGAAGAAAAAUCUGAGUUUUGGUUCAAACAACCAGCUGUGCUCUGAAAUCACCAGAUCAUCAUUUUUUUGUUAUGCUUGUGAGAAUAAUUUUAUUUGUACAUGCAAGAAAUAAAAAUGCACAGAGCUCUAGAAAUGGAGUGGUUUAUUUCUGCAUCAAAUGUACAAGAUGCUGAUUUCUGCAAUGGAAAAUAAAUAUUGAUAUUACUGAUGGUUCCACCUGCUUUUCUUCACAAGGUAAAUCAUGAACUGUGUUGCAGUAAUUCAUAUGUUUAAAAAGACAUGAUACAAAUAUGAUACAGAGCUUACAAAAUAACUUGACAAACAAAAAAUAGUUCUCGAUUUGAUGGUAAAUUCUCUGAAUAAAUAAUUUUCUUGCAUUCUGAGAUACACUUCAGCAUCAUUUCUCUUAUGUUGAAGGAACGUUAUUAUUAUUAUGCCACAAACAUUAAUUAAAUGAAAUGUAAAAAUUAUUAACAGGUCAUCCUUGGUAGAGAUUUAAUUUUAAUCAAAAAUUUGCAUUAAUGUUUGACAUGGUAAAGUUUUACUUCUGAGGUAAAUAAAGGGUUUCUGUUAUUCUGGAAAAAAGU